CCGAUAAAGCAAAAUAGCAUACAAAGAGAAAACCUUGAUAGAAGUAAAGUAGAUAAUUCAAGUAUGUUUUUUGCCGUAUUUGUGAAAAUUUUGUAAAUUUUAGAAACAUGCUGAAACUUACCAUCUUUAGGUUCAAUGCCAUAAACUUAGGCACAUAAUAAAGUGUUUUUAGGGAGGAUAUUAAGAUUACAAGCCAGGAACAAGUCGGCACUCUCUUCGUAACAAAUAAAAUCGUGCAGCUUAUCAUCUUGAGAUGAGUCUUAUGAUUGCAUGUUAUACACAUCGGGAAUUUAAGACAAUUAUGCAGAGAACUUUGGGAUAUCAGUUUAAAUACUGAAGUAUUAUACGUACUUGACAGCAUGGAAAACGAACCGAAGAAAUUAUCGUCAGAACGACUUUUGAUGUUCAACAAUCCAGGACAAUGCUCUCCAAAAGUGAAGAAGAAGAUAGACAACCCUCCAACCUUACCAGGAACAGGAAGACAAGAUGAUAUUUUAGAUUCUCCAGUAUUUCAAAAACCCAUGAGGCUUACGGAAACAACUAAUGGAAAGGUACAGAGCUUCCCUGAAACUCUGAAAGAAAUAAACAAAAUUGGAAAAACUCUCAACAUUGUGUCUGUUGUUGGAACGCUUAGAACUGGGAAAUCUUUCCUCUUGAAUAAACUGGUAGGAAUCAAACCGGGCGAUCCAGGUUUCGAAAUGGGUCAUACUCCAACAGCAGUAACCAAAGGCAUCUGGGUAAUGUGUCGACAACAUCCUACACAAAAAGACCAGGUUCUUGUUCUCCUUGACACAGAAGGCAUCGACGACCCAAAGAAGGUACCACAUUCUGGAUUCACCGUCAAGCGUGACACCACUUGACCAUCGGACCACAAAACACAAAACUCGUUUGUCUUUAUUCCAGUGAUUAAUUCCUGCAAACCUUC